AUGCAAGGUGUUGGAAACACACUCUUAACCCUUCAGCAAGCAGUGUUUGCAUUUGAAAACAAACUGGAACGCUUCAUUAAGGACAUUGAAACGGAUCAUUUACUCCACUUCGAAAAACUGCGAGAAUUUAAAGAUGCAUGCGCAGCAAGUGACCCCACUCAACAUCUUGAUAUCCAGCAGCUGGCUGGCUUCACAUCUGAUCUCCUGCAGUCAUUCAAAGCUCGCUUUGGAGCAUUUCGUGAGCAUACUCGUCUUUUUAAGUUCAUCACUCAUCCACACGAGUGUGAAGUGGACAAAGCCGACCUGAUUUACAUUCCCGGUGUCUCCAUCAGAGAUUUUGAGAUCGAAGUUGCUGAUCUGAAGGCCUCAGAAAUGUGGGUAAAUAAGUUCAAGACACUUUAUGAAGACUUGGAGGGACUUGCACGACAGCAAGCAGAGCUGGCAAGCAAACACAAGUGGUCAGAAAUGAAAAAACUUCAACCGGCAGACCAGCUGAUUGUAAAAACUUGGAACGCGCUUCCAGUCACAUACCGUACACUGCAGCAUGUGAGUAUUGCCGUACUGACCAUGUUUGGUUCUACGUAUGCAUUUUGUCUGCAAAACAUAUUUUUAAUCACACAAACUAAAAGUUGGCCAGAUGCUCAGACACACUGCAGGACCAAGUACACAGACCUGUCACUGCUCUCUAAUGAGGUGGAGAACCAGGCAUUUACAAGUUCAGUCAGCCAAACUGCCCAAGCAGGAUGGAUUGGUCUCUACAGCGAUGCCACCAGCCCCUCUAGAUGGAAGUGGUCAGGUGGUACCAACGCUACCUACCUAAGCUUUGAUCAUGGAUACCAAAGUACUCCUGGCAGAGUCCUCUGGACUCCUUAUGGUUGGAAAAGUAAAUACCCCGACUACUUUUACAACAAUUUCUUUUGCUUGAACUUGAUUGUAGUGGAGGAGAAAAAGACCUGGGAGGAGGCUCUGGAGCACUGCAGGGACAAACACACAGAUUUCACCAGUCUACUCUCUCAGACCGAAGUCCUCCUGGCUCAGAGGCAGAUCCAGAAGAACAGCAUUACUGAUCAGGUGUGGGUUGGUUUGCGUUAUCUGGAGGACAGCUGGCUGUGGGUAAACCUGGACCCACUAGAGUUUGUUGCCUGGCCCGAGACAGUUCAGGACCACCAAUGUCCAACUUGGAGUCAUUCAUGUGGAGCUUUGACCAAAAAAGGCCUGUGGGAGUACCGGGACUGCCAGGAGAAACUCAACUUCAUCUGCUAUUAAGUUUU